GGACCAGGAAGUUUGAAGGGACUUUAAUUCCAGGAAGUGAACGUGACAGCGGAGACGGAAGAUGGAGGAGAACAUGUGUGAGGAGAACAUGGAGGAGGUGCAAGUGCUGGAGGCUCAGAUCGAUCAGCUCCGGGCUGAAGUGGCAGAACUGCAGGACCGACAGAAGCAGAACCUCAAGGACAUGACGUUCAACUUCAGAGGGAAAAUGCAGGACGCACUGUCGUAUGUGUGCGGACAGAAGCAGGUGGGGUCGAAGGAGGAGGUGGAGUCCAGGCUGAAGGAGGAGGUGGAGGAGCUGGAGGAGGACCUGAAGCGGCAGACACAGAUGAACGGCAUCAGUCUGAGCAGCUGCACCACCAAGACGCUGCAGAGCAGUAGCAGGAAGUUGGUCCAGCAGCUCUCUGUAUCAGGUCACUGUUCUGAACUGGUCUUCCAGGUUGAGUUCCAGCUCUCUGACUUCACGCUGGAUCAGAGAUCUCAGAGGACGAUCAGUGAUCUGAACGUGGUGAUGGAUGCCGGUGAGCUGAGCAGCCUCGGCAGCUUCCUGUCUGGAGUGGAGGAGAGCAGCGAUCUGCUGUUACUCUUCAGGACUCUCAGGACUUUCUCAGACAGAUGUGAUGAUCGCCGCCGAACCUUCCAGCACUUCCAGGAGAAGUACCCGUCCGUCGUGUCCCUCCCUGGAGGCUGCAGGUCAGAGGUCAUGAACUUAAAUCGCCCCGAGCUCCCUGGCUGCGUCCUGUCCAUUCAUUGGCCGGUGGAAGUUUCCAGAGAGGGUGGAGUCACUCCUAAAAUCAACCUGUUGACAAAGAUCCCAGAGAAAGCGCUGCAGUUGUUCCCCUCUCAGGCUGUAGGUGGCGCUGCAGAGGCCUUCCAGAGCAUGCUGAGGAUUCUGGGACCUGAAGCUGCCAUGGAGUCUGUGAUCAGAGCGGUCAGCCUCUCCCAGGUCAUGUGACUCACACCAGAGGAAGCAGUUCAAUUAAAAAAAACUGUUUCCAGACCAUUAUCCUUACGUUCCAGAGAUUCACAAAAAGAUCUGCAGCAAAUAAAGAAACUAGUUUGAAUGUUUACAAGCUUUUUCAUUUUCUAGUGUAAACACACACACACAGGUCAGUAAACACACAAAGCGCUGGUUUAGUCUCUUAGAAAUCUUUAUUCAAUAGAAAGAGCUCGACUGUCACGACUGUAUCAGCAGAGCUCAUUGGUCAGAAUCUACAAAAAUAAAUAAUUUAAAUACAAAAUGCCAAA